AUGGCACCCUCAGAGGAAUCUAUUCUGAGUAAUUUCCUACUCUCACCCGCACCACUGCCAACUGUGCUGUCCCUGCAAAAAUUCACAGAGCUCUUCCCCAAGCGCUUGCGCAAUCAUCCGCACAUUCGCACCCUAUACCGUGAGUUACAGCAAGUCCGUGAACAUGACAUGGAUCGGGUCAAUGAAAAUAUCGACGAAGAGCUCAAACAGGGUGAACGACAAAAAGUUGAGCUCCGCAAGGCCACUCUUGCUACGGGAGUGGAAGCUGCCACUGAAGAUGAGCAGCGCGAAAUGGAUGUGGAUCUCCAUAUGUUUGGCCAGAAUCAUACCACCCCUGAAGACUAUCACUCAGUAGCCAGUCUUCUGGCUGAAAUGGAUGCAGCGUGUGUCACUAUCGAGCGUGAGAUCUCCAAUGUGGAUCGUGAAGCUGAAGUCCUUCUGAAAGAGCUCAGCACAACUGUUGGGGACAUGAGUGACCUCCGCUAUGGCAAGCUGCAGGGGCCAGCUGGCACGGCCAACAAUGUGGCCGAAGAGGCCAUCAAGGGUCUGCAGAAUCUUGAGGAUGCUUGCUACAAGAGCAAUUCGUGA